AUGGAUUCAAUGUCAUUAUCGCAAGCCAAGACUAGGCGUAAUACAAUCAAAGCAUCUUUAACGCGUCACAAGAACACGUUAGAAAAUUUUAAUGUUACACAAGGUUCGCGACACAUCGAAGAACGUAAGAGACGAUUAACCGAAUUAUGGGAUCAGUUCGAGAUCGUGCAAUCGAGAAUAGAAAUGCUAGAAAAUGAAGAUCCAUUAAAUACAGACAAAAAUUUACUACUCUCCCAACAAGGGCAACAAAGAGCGAAUUUUGAGGCGCUUAUGAUGAUUGCUAUCAAAAGACCAACCGAUGCGUGGGAUGACUUAAUCAUCCAUGUCAUAACCUCAAAACUUGAUCCUGUCACAACCAAGUCUUGGGAAACUAGCAUUCCUGACAAAGAGAUACCAAGUUUAAAAACCUUGACUGAUUUUCUUUCUAAGCGCUGCCAAGCACUUGAAACAAUCUUCAGCAAGCUAUCAAUCCAUCAAUCUGUUAACUCAAAGCCCACUAACAAGUCAAAGGGCUCUUCUGUUACUAAUUUGGCCACGUCUAACUUGUCAUGUCCACAAUGCAAGGAAACUCAUCCUUUAUAUUAUUGUGAAGCCUUUCUUAAAUUACCAGUAGAGAAAAGAUUGUCUAUCGUAAAAAAGGCUCAUUUAUGCGUCAAUUGCUUAAGAUCUAAUUCGCAUCAAGCUAAAGAUUGCACUUCAAGUUCUUGUCGCAAAUGCAGCAAAAAACACAAUACUUUGCUGCACUUGUCGAGUUCAACCAGCGAUAAUAAAGCGCCCGUUACAAAUGAAUCCACUCCUGCCGAAAAGGAAAAACCUAUGCAACCAGUUGUUAUACAAUGUUUAUUAGCUCAUUAUUUGUUAGGCAUUAUAUUGUCAACAACUAUUGUACACGCAUUCGAUCACAAAAACGAGAUUAUUCCCUGCCGCGUGUUAUUAGAUAGCGGGUCUCAAAUGAAUUUUGUAACCAAAGAAUUUGCUGAUAAAUUGCAUCUCAAAGAACAAGCGAUAGAUGCUUCCGUUUCCAGUAUAGCUCAAGGAACUAUUCAAGCCAAAAGGAUGAUCAAUGUACAUAUCAAAUCGCGCUUUAAUCAAUUUAAUCAUAACCUAGAAUGUAUAAUCUUGCCAAAAAUUAUACAAUCAUUACCUCAAAGAUUUUUUUCCAAACGAGAAUUAACAAUACCGAAUCAUAUUAAAUUAGCUGACCCCAAUUUUAACGUCCCUGCGGAUAUCGACAUGUUGAUAGGUUCAGAGCUAUUUUGGCGGUUAAUGUGUCCAGGUCAAAUUGCAACUUCUAGAGAGCAACCCACCCUACAAAAAACUCUCUUGGGAUGGGUCGUAGCUGGACCGUCACCAGACAACGCUGCAAAUUAUACAUCUUCAAUCGUUAGCUGCCUUGCUGUCACGGAGGAUUUAAAUCGCACACUCAGCCGAUUUUGGGAAAUUGAUCACACGAUAUCUUCUCCUGAAUGUUCCCCAGAACAACGAAUUUGCGAACAGCUUUUUUUGCAUACUGUGAAACGUAAUAACGAUGGGCGUUUCAUAGUCCAAUUACCGGUAAAGGAGGACAAAUUAAUGAAUCUUGGAGAUUCUGAAGAAAUUGCCACACGUCGCUUUAAACAUUUAGAGAAACGCCUUAUAAAAUCGCCCAAAAUGUACGAGGAAUACAAGCAAUUCAUGAAUGAAUACAUACAACUUGGCCACAUGCGUGAGGUCACUCAAUGUUCACGAUCAAUCGACAAGAUCUAUUAUCUACCGCAUCAUGCAGUGUACAAGGAAACAAGCACUACAACCAAGCUGCGAGUAGUUUUCGAUGGUUCCGCCAAAACAUUGACCGGGAUUUCAUUGAACGACGCACUUAUGGUCGGCCCUACAAUUCAGGACGAUCUGUUCUCGAUAUUAAUUAGAUUCCGCUCCUUCAAGUACGCCUUGACUGCUGAUGUGAUAAAAAUGUACAGACAGGUACUGAUAGAUCCUGCACAAACUCCUCUCCAACGCAUUUUCUGGCGUGAUUCUCAAAACAAACCAAUCCGAACUUACGAACUUCUUACCGUUACGUAUGGUACUGCAUCUGCUGCCUUUUUGGCUAUUCGAUCUCUAAGAAAGCUAGCUGAAGACAAUUCCGUUAAAUUUCCAAUCGGCUCCAGGACAGUGCUAAACGACUUCUACGUCGACGACUUGGUUUCUGGAGCAGAAACUUUGCAAGAAACGCUUGCGAUUAAAACAGAAACGUCUCAAUUACUGCUAGAGGGUCUAUUUGAGUUGCACAAAUGGUCUUCCAACGAUUCGGCUCUACUAGAUAACCAAACCCUGUCACAUCAAAAGGAAUUUGUCUUGUCUACUGAUAAGGAAUCUGAGACACGAGCACUGGGCCUUAUUUGGAAUUGCAGCUCUGAUAAUUUUAAAUUCUCCAACUCCACAUCUUUAUCACUGUUACAAACGCCAACUAAAAGAAGCAUACUCUCAAGAAUCGCUUUAAUAUUUGAUCCUCUUGGAUUGCUUGGGCCUUCUACAGUCAUCGCUAAACUUAUCAUUCAAGAACUUUGGCGUUUAAGACUCGAUUGGGACGAAUCACUACCUCUCGAUAUUGACACAAAGUGGAAGCGCUACGAAUUUGAGCUAUCAACAGUAACAGACAUAUCAAUACCACGUCGAGUCAUCUCAUUAGAUCAGUACAUCAAUUUAGAGCUUCAUGGUUUUUCUGAUGCCAGCGAGCUUGCCUAUGGAGCGUGCAUCUAUUUGCGUGCUACUGGCAUUGAUGGUCAACACUCGGUUAAUCUUCUUUGCUCAAAAAAUAGAGUCGCUCCCUUGAAAGGAUUAUCUAUUCCUCGACUCGAAUUAUGUGCAGCUCUUUUGCUGGCACAGCUCACUAAUAAGGUUUUAAAAAGCCUAACAUGCAAAAUUGAAUCUGUUUACCUGUGGACUGAUUCCACCAUUGUACUAGCUUGGCUACAGUCUUUUAGUCGCACUUGGACUCCAUUUGUUGCCAACCGCGUUGGUGAAAUCCAACAAUUAACUACUAUUCAAGACUGGCACCACGUCAGUAGUAAAGACAACCCAGCUGAUCUAUUGUCCAGAGGCAUUUCUCCUGCAUCAUUACCUCAGUCACAACUCUGGUGGUCAGAACCCUCCUGGUUAAAUCUCAACAAAGAAGAUUGGCCUCAAUUUCCAUAUUCAACAAACCACCAGGACAUACCUGAAGCCAAAUCCAUUGCCAUCGCCACAGCCACCACCGAAAAGGUUUUCAACAUUUUUGAACAAUUUUCAAGUCUUAUGAAGCUUCUUCGUGUUGUAUCAUACAUUUUUCGAUUUUACAACAAGUUGAAACAAAGGAUCAAACACACUGAAGCUCAUGUCUACAGCAUCUCACCUAAUGAAAUAGCCCAUUCUAUUCAAGUUUUGACAAGGCUUAUUCAACAAGAGUAUUUCUCUAAAGAACUAGAAUUACUUGCAAAACAGCAAAAUCUUAAUAAGAAUAGCUCUAUUUUACGACUAAAUCCAUUCAUCGACGAAAUAGGGAUUUUAAGAGUUGGUGGUCGACUCAAAUUUUCUCAUCUUCCUUAUGACGCUAAGCAUUCCAUACUGCUUCCUGCUUCCGUCGCCAUCCCUUUUCGCGUCUCAUUGUUAUUCACGAACAUCAGAGACACUUCCACGCAGGCCCUCAAGCAACAUUGUCUGCUAUCUCCAAAAAUGGCUUCUACAUUAAUGGGAAACCUUCCUAAACAUAGAAUUACAGUGCCUGAACGGCCUUUUUUCAUAUGUGGCAUUGACUAUGCUGGUCCUUUUUACAUUAAGGAAGGAACUCGAAAAAAAGCAAAAUUAUUCAAGUGCUACAUGGCAAUUUUUGUAUGCUUCGCUACUACUGCUGUUCACAUUGAGCUAGCAACAGAUCUAUCUACCGCAGCUUUCUUAAACGUUUUAAAGCGCUUUAUUUCCCGGAGAGGACAUCCAUCAGAUAUUUAUUCUGACAACGGCCUAAACUUCAAAGGUGCUUGCCGUGAGCUAACUGAGCUAGCAACAGUGUUCAACGAUCAACAAAACCAACAGCAGAUUAUCGGCUAUGUAUCUGCUAAAGGAAUCAACUGGCACUUUACACCCCCUAGAGCGCCUCACCAAGGUGGACUAUGGGAAGCUGCAGUUAAGUCUGCCAAGCGUCAUCUACUUUGUAUAACCAAGGAGACCAACUUAAAAUACAAAGAGUUAAAAACAUUGCUUGUUCAAGUUGAAGCCAUUUUAAAUUCUCGUCCGCUGACUCCACUAUCAUCAGAUUCUCAUGAUCUCACACCGCUAACUCCAGGACAUUUUUUGAUAGGAAGCCCACUGACUUCUUACCCGGAACCAUCCUUAGAAAGGCUACCUGUAAAUCGCCUUUCUCGCUGGCAACAUGUCAAGCAGUUAAGACAACACUUUUGGAAAAGAUGGUUACGAGAAUAUCUACAUCAUUGCCAACAACGAACUAAAUGGAUGAUCAAGGAAAAUCCAGUACACGUGGGACAAAUAGUCCUUCUUCAAGAAGACUCUACUUUGCCCUUAACAUGGUCCCUCGCUAGAAUACAAGCUGUACAUCCCGGUGAUGACGGUAUAAUUCGUACUGUAACUCUACGUACCGCUAAAGGAACUUACAAACGUUCCAUAACGCGUCUGUGUUUACUUCCCUCCGAAGAUCACUAG